AUGGCGGGGUCGAUCUGGGAGACGAGGAUGAAGCUGGACGAGGUGAAGGGAGGCAUCAAGGUUUUCACGGAGGAGGAGAGCCGCGAAGGGGACGAGGACGAGGGAGGAGUGCGAGUUUACAAUCUGCGGCUCCGGCGCAACCAGAGUGAGGGAGGAGGAGGCGAUAGGAGGAAGAGGAAGAACUGGAGCCCUCCCGAGGUGGGGAAUGUCGGGGCCGGAGAGAAGAGCCCCUCCUCCAACAGGUUGAGGAAGACGCAGUCCUUGUUGCCGAAUUCCCCGAAGAUCGAAGAGGAGAAGGCCGUGGAGGGUGGUCUGAGCAAUGCAGCGCAGGGAAAGGAGAUCGAGAUUGAGAUGGAGGAAAGGAGGAGAAGCUUCGACGACAAGGAGAUGGUCGUGGCCGGAAAGAAGAACGAUCAGAUCUGCGACAAAUCCGUCUCGUCGAACGCAGAUGAGAAGAUGCCGGAUGCGGCGGAAAGGAAGCAGGCCGUUGAUCUCGGCGUCGAGAGAUCCUCACCGGAAGCGGCGGCCAGUUUGGACGUCAUUCCUGCCCCGGCGUCUCCGCUUCCCUUGGCUAUCGAGGCACCGCCCGAAAGAUCCCCUCCGAAGGUGAUCGAGAUGAGACCACCUGGUAUGACGCAAUUCUGGGCGAGUUUUCGUCUUCCUCGUGGAAUUUCUAUUCCCGAUUCGGAUUGUCACAGAAUUAUACUUGUUUUUCUUGCUCUGGUAGUAAUGGACGAAGGGUUUUACGAGACGAUGACAGAAGCAGAACACAGGAUGCAGAGCAUUGGUGUGUUCUCCUCUUUUCAUCCACUGAAUUCGGCUGCUUCUGUGUUAUCUCUUCUUGUUCUUCCUCUGAUAUUCCGAAUCUCAUGCUCCCCCCUCGUGAAACCUUCCCCCAUUUCGGGAAAUCGCGCAGUGGACCUGGUGAUGUGGAGAGAGAUCCCAAGAUCGGCGUUCGUGUUCGGGAUCGGAUCAUUUCUGCUCCUCUCCUCUUCCUACACCAGAGAUCUCAACUUCAGGCAGGAGAAAUCUCUCCACCUCCACAUUUUACUUCUUCGCCGUCAUCGUGAAAUCCCUAAUGCUUCGCCCUCCCUGCAGCCUAGUCUCCGCUAUUUCCUACCUCGGCCUGAUCUACCUGGCGGCGAUCUUCUUCUUCAAUUCUAUCCUCCGCAGGUUUUUUGACGCCCUCUGCGCAAAUCUCACAGAUCGCCAGGUCCACGGCGGCGGCCUCUCCCUGAUCUCGUUAUCUUCCCUUUGAACAGAGGAACUGCAGAUUCAGAGGAGAAAGACCGGAGUUGCAUGCUGGGGGAGGAAGACGCGAUCCGGGUGGUCAGGUUGCUCCUGCCCUAUGUAAACGAGCUUCUCAUCAACCUCAAGGCCCUCUUCUCCGGCGACCCCGCCACCACCAUGAAGGUCUGGGUAGUAUGCCAGUAGGAAUAGUACCCACUCGUGCUCUCUCCCCAUAAUCUCCGCGGGCGGGGGGUGGGAUUUCCUGAAAAUGGGAGUGACGGUGGUCAUCGUUCUCUUCUGGCAGCUGGCCCUGAUGCUGUUCUUCCUGGCGAGGUGUGGCGGCACCAUCACUUGCUGGACCAUGGCCAAAAUGGGUCUCCAUCUCCUCUCCUCAGUUUUCUUGACCAGCGCGGAUGGAGGAAUCCUGAUACUUCCGCCCUUUUGCAGCAUUCUUCGGCGUGUUCACCAUCCCCAAGAUCUGCUCCUCGUAUUCGGUUCAGCUGGCUCGAUUCGGUGGGUAAUUUUCUCUUCCACUUCGGUAAUUCUUCCAUGAGGGUGAACUCUGCAACCUCAGAGAGUACGGCAGGCUCUGCCCCCCACCGCUCUGUUUCACGUGCCCCUCCGGCGAGCACCAGACGCCGGCGGCGGCGGCAGCGGGUGGUGGUUGCUCCCUUUGUUUUUUUUUAACUGAGCAGCAUCUGACCCGGUUCACUCACGGCGGCGGUGAAGGUAAAUUCUGGCUGGAACGGGUGAAGGACGCGUGGGAAUCGUGCCAGCACAAGAAGGCCGUGGCCACCGGUGUCUUCACCCUCACCUGGAACCUGUCCUCUGCGGUCGCUCGGAUGUGGGCAGGUGAGCCGAGGAAGAAGACGAACACCCAAAAAGAAACAAAAAAGGAAAAAGAAAAAAAAAAGAGGAAAAAAGUAUCCUGUCUCCUUCGCCGCCGUCCUUCUCUCCCCGACCGUUUCCCCGUUGUCCUCUCCUCUGAAGCCAACGGAUCUCCUCCCAUCUUCCGACUUCCCCUGCAGUGUUCAUGUUGAUGGUGGCCGUACGGCUCUACCAGCAGCGCGCGGCGGCGGCGGCGGCGGAAGAGGAUGAGGAGGAGGAGGCGGCGGCGAUGGCGGCUCCGCCUCGGCGCUGGGAGGGAGAGGCGGAGGAGUCGAGGCCUCGGGUGGGAGGACCCGGCAUAAUGGUCGCCGGCGGGGCGGCGGCGCCGUCGCCGGUGAUGGUGCAGCAGCUAGGCCCGGGAAGGGCUCACCGACAGCCCAGUGGGCCCGGCCCGACUAGAUCGGCGACGAGGGAGAAGAAGAAAUGGUCCUGAAACAUUGGAUCCGUACGCGUACAUAUUUUUAUAUUUUUAGAAAUAAAUAGAAAAGCGAGCCGCGGCGACCCUGGAGCUUUGUUCGGGAUGGGGGGUAAGAUGAUUCUUCUUCUAACGUGCGCAUGCCAUUUUGUACAAACCCCCCCCCCCAGGUAAUUCGUUUUCUUCUUUUGCUUUUCUACCCUUUGUGAAGUUUCCGAGCAACAGUACUCUCGUUAAUGGGCUCCUUCUAAUUCGCAAUCGGACCCACUAGUUUACUCGUCUGGCCCACCUACGUGGCCCAUAUACAAAUCUGCGUUCAGAGACCUGAUGACAAGCGGAUGGGACAGUGGGCCGUCCACGGGACUGGACCCGGCUCGAUCUCGUAGAGGAACGGUCAAACCAGGUGUAGAGACGGGCCACCCACUUAUCACUAAGUCGCUCUCCCGGAAUGACCUCCACUCUUCCUUCCCCGUAGGUCGGAGGUGGCGGGCUCCGCGGGUGGACUUCAGACCAACAGUGUUUUUAUGCAACUCUCUCUCUCUCUCUCUCUCUCUCCCUCUUUCUCUCAUAUGA